AUGCGACGGCAAACUCUUCUUCCUACUGCGGCAAGGUUAUGGCCAAAACAUUUGUAUGGCUACAGAACACCAAUAAACACUACACGAUGUUCCCCUUCUCACACUUUUCGACGCCACUAUUUUUAUCCUUGGCAUGAACCUCCAAAAAAUCCUCUCAUGACGUUUGGAAGAGCACCGCAACCCAAGGGACCUCAAUAUUUUGGCGUCUUUUAUUCUCUCAUAAUUCCCAUUCCACGAACAGAAGUGUUGUAUUGGGUAAAAAGCGUAAAGGAACAAAAGGUAUUGAGAGCUUUAAUACUCAUUACUGAAAUAGUUUUCGUGGGAUCAUUAAUACUUGGAGCUGUAAAUGAGUUUAAAACCACGGAUUCAAAUCCAUUUGACUCUCCUAGGUUUACCAAGUUUUCUAUUGUUUCAGAGGAAACUGUAUCAUCGACAAGUAAACUUUUGACCAUCAAACCGAAAAAAUCCACAAAAUCAGAUCCUUAUGCCGCAUACUGGGAGAAAGGUCUCUGGUCCGUAGAAUUUAAGCAACCAUUAUUGCAAAUCGCGCGAUCAUAUACGCCAUUACCACCCGAUGAAAACGACACAAAUAGUGAACUUCGUUUCGUGAUUCGAAAGGAACCAAAUGGGGAAAUGUCGAACUAUUUAUUUAGGCUACAAGCCAAUUCCGAGAUUGAGCUCAGAGGCCCUCACGUUGAAUUUGACUUGCCAGAGAAUGUGGAUGAGGUUGUUUUCUUGGCUGGUGGGACGGGAAUUGCUCCUGCUAUGCAGGUUGCUCAUACGUUACUGGAAGCGCGAAAUUCAGAUGGCAAGCUACCACGGAUUUGUAUAGUUUGGGCAAAUAAGAGAAGAGAAGAUUGCGUUGGAGGUGAAACGUACAAAUCUGGCUCGAAGUCAGACAUACCUACAGCAAAAGGGUCUAUGGUUCAGCGAUUGCAAAGGAUGCAGCAAAAAUACCCAGAAAACCUUCAAGUAAAUUAUGUUGUGGAUGAAGAGGGAACAUUCAUCAAUCAGAAGAUGAUAUCACAAGCCAUACAGCCCAGUUCGGUGGUAGGUUCUGGAUCAGUCACGGAAAAGAGUAAUUCAAAAUUGCUCUUUGUAUCAGGACCCGAGGGUUUCAUAAACCACUUUGCUGGACCAAAAAGAUGGCGGAAUGGUAAACAAGAGCAAGGCGAAGUUGGAGGCGUCCUUGGCUAUAUGAGCAUCAAAGACUGGAAGGUAUUCAAGCUUUGA